AUGCCACAGGAUGCCCUGGCCAUGCUGAAGGAUGGCAACGAGCGCUUUGCAGUGGGUGCCCCCACAGCUGGCAAGGUCCACCAGAGCAUGCGCGCGGAUUUGAACAACAUGGGCCAGGCUCCCCACACUGCUCUGGUUGGCUGUGCGGAUUCGCGCGUGCCCCUGGAAACCGUCUUUGAUGCCCUUCCCGGGGACCUCUUUGUGUUGCGCAAUGCCACACCUGCACACAUGCCGAGGGCAGCGUGCUUGGCAGCCUGGAGUUCUGCACCGGACGGCCAUGCGUUGGAUUUGCUGCUGCAAGGCCUGCGCUCCGUUGCGGAGACUGCG